CACUAUACCAUUCUCUAUCAGGAGACGUAGUGAUAGUUUGAAGGCCUACUUUGCCAUUGUCAAUACCUAUAAUGUUAUCAAACUACUGUUUUUGAAAAAUGAACAGACCCCAUUUGGCAUAGGAAACAGUAUCAUAUCAACAACCUACCAGUAUUGUGUUGAGUACUUCAGCGGAUUUGAAGCCAUUGUUUCUCGUUCUUCUAAAGACCUGACAUCCAUCGAUUCCUGCGCGUGGUUUUGCAAUUACACAAGCAGUUUUGCAGUACAGACGACAGGAAGUAUGAUAAUCUGCGAAUGUAUACUCGGGUCAACCAGUAUUACCCAGCAUAUAGUGCAUGAUAUUAAAUGUCUCGAUUUUACCUGUAAAGAUGAAAAUAAUGACGACCAACCCUGUGGAAUGUCAUCAGUCAAGGCAUUUUACUCACAUGAUGUUAUAAAUUUUGACAGCACCAAUGUCAUGUUGAUCGAUACAGUGGCGAACUUGGCGGAUCAUGAAUAUUCAAAAACUUUCACGGUUGAAAUUGGAAAUGGAAAAGGUGAAAAUAAAAUCAUUAGUGGUGUUUUACUCUCCGAAAUAAACUUUGGCAUCAGUAAUUUCACAUUUGAAUUUUCAGGAGAAAGUUGUUCUUAUAAUGAUUCGUUUCAAAGAUAUACCGAAUUUGAUCUCAAGGUGUUUGAAGCUUCAACAGUACACGUCAUUGAACCACUUCGUACAUCAUGUUUUAGGUUGACAAUCUACCCAAGUGGUGACACUCCUCCUGAUAAUCCACGCUGUCGUAUUACAUUAUACGAACCCUAUGAUGACUAUGUUACUGCUGAAAGAAUUGGGAUAUACGGAUAUUACCACAACAGCGAAAUUGACACUAGUGAUAUUUAUACGGCUGAUUAUCUAACAUCUUCACUUAAUGAUUAUUCGUCAAUGUCGACAGAACAGGUUUUGUCUCAGAUCACUACUCAAAUGCCUGUGUCAUCUGAAAUCGGUUUUACAAUGAUAACAUCACAAUUAGAAACCAAUAAUCUGCCUUCUUCACAUAUGGACACAGCGACAUUGACAAUAUCACAACUAGGAACCUCUAUACUGCCUACUUCACAUAUUGACACAGCGACAUUGACAAUAUCACAACUAGGAACCUCUAUACUGCCUACUUCACAUAUUGACACAGCGACAUUGACAAUAUCACAACUAGGAACCUCUAUACUGCCUUCUUCACAUAUGGACACAGCGGCAUUGACAAUAUCACAACUAGGAACCUCUAUACUGCCUACUUCACAUAUGGACACAGCGACAUUGAUUGCAUCACAGGGAAUAACAGGUACCACUUCAUCAACAACAGUAAAUACCGAUGAUCAUACGCCUACAGCAGAGAAGACUACACAACCGGUCAAUUCUCAUGGACAUUUUGAUAAUUUGACAUGCUUUUCUUUCUGCUAUCAUAAAUAUCACAAUAACUUAACAGCAGAGCAGGUUGAGAACAUAAGAGACGAAAUUCGACAGUUGCUUUUAGUUGACACUAAAACCCUCUCAUCGCAGAUUAGAAGGAAAAUUUCAGUGAAAGAUAAAAGACCCAGUGCUACGAUUAUAGGAACAAUUCCAAUAGUUAUUCUUUUAGCACUUCUUGGAUGUAUUGUUCUAUCAGAUUUGAACACUAUAAGGGGACAGGUUUAUUGCAUGGUGAAAAAUGUUAAAGGAUUGUACUCCUCAAUUUGAUAAUAAUAUUUGUUAAGAAUUCGAAAAUUUUGUUAAUUUAUUGAUGUGUACAGAGACACAGCUGUAUAAAUCGUCGUAUAAACAUUUGUAAAAGGAAGUAAUCUGUAUAUACUCGAAGUACAUGGAUCAUGUACAAAUUAAAUUGGAAGCAAAUUA